UUUCCUCUGACCUCACCGACAAGUUCCCACACGCUCUGGUGCACGCGCCUUCUGCCACCGCAGUAUGGAAGUAUCUCGAUCAUGUACUAUGGUUGUGCUUGGAUUUCUGCGUUCAACUUUCCUUCACGUCCCAUAGGAAGACCAUAAGAUGAGAGGUUACCGGGCCAUAAAGUACACGCUCUUCUUCUGCUGCUACAUUUUCUGGGUUGCCAGUGCUGUCUUGAUUGCUGUUGGCAUCUAUGCAAAGAUUGCCAAAGAGAAAGAUGCUGUGGACACGUUGACAGCGGACCCGGCCCUCUUAUUGAUCGUGAUUGGGUCUCUGAUGUUCACCAUCACCUUCUUCGGCUGCUUCGGCGCGCUACGGAACGGCGCUGCGCUGCUGAAGCUGUUUUCAGGGAUUUUGUUGGCCAUUUUCCUCCUUCAGAUUGCUGCUGGUGUGCUAGGAUUUCUGUACUCUGACAUGGUGUUACAGAGGACGGAACUGCUGAUGCGGAAAGCUAUUGUGCGUUACCGUGAAGAUCUGGACUUAGAAAACCUCAUUGACUUCAUACAGAAAAAGUUCCAGUGCUGUGGUGUCCACGACUACACGGACUGGGGCCACAACCUGUACUUCCAGUGUGAGGAGAGCAACCCCAGUCUGGAGGCGUGCGGGGUGCCCUUCUCCUGCUGCAAGAGGAACAAGAACGAGACGGUGUUCAACACCAUGUGUGGCUAUGAGACUCAAAGCAUGGAGGAGACGGAGGCUGCGCAGGACGUCUUCAUCAUCGGCUGCCUGGAUAAGAUCGCCCGCUGGGGGAAGAAGAACCUGCUGCUGGUGGGGGGGAUCACCGUGGGGCUUCUCUGUUUGGAGCUCUGCAUGGUGUGUCUGGCGUCAGUGCAGUUGUGUCGGAUCAGAAGAUCACUACAGAAAAAGAAGCUCCUCAGCCUGAGAAACUCAUGGAGGCAACAAAGAUGA